AUGGAGACUACUGAAGGUGUUGUUAGAGGAUGGUGUGUGCUCAAUACCGGCUCUCCCAUCAGUAUUCCCGUUGGCAAGGCCACCCUUGGACGCAUCAUGAAUGUUAUCGGAGAACCUAUCGACCACAAAGGCGAAUUUAAAACCGAGCAUUAUUUGCUCAUUCAUAGAGAGGCUCUUGCUUUUGUUGAGCAAGCAACUGAGAACUAUAUCUAA